AUGGCUACAAAAGAUGCUAGCACAACAGUUACCUCCACCAUCUCCCCAUCUCACUCCAGCGCCUCUACCACUGAUCUUGAAACCUCAUCAUUCCACACCCCGGCCAAAUCGUCUCUCGAAAAGACUGUCCUCCGCAAAAUUGACUUCUGGCUCGUCGGUUUUUACUCCUUCGUCUACAUCUUCCGCGUAAUAGAUUCUGGAAACUACUCCAACGCAGCAAUUAUCAAUCUCGAGCAGGGCACGGGCAUAAAAAAAGAACUCCACUUAUCGCCCUCCCAAUGGGCAUGGACUCUUUCAAUCUUCUCAUACAGCUACCUGAUUUUUGAGCCAUCCAACACCGUGCUCCUCAAAAAGUUCCGGCCGUCGAGAUGGAUGUUCGUUCUGAUUUUCGCCUGGGGCGUGUGCGCGUGCAGCGUUGGCGCAGCACAGGACUUCAAGGGCUUGAUGUGUGUCCGGUUCGCUAUUGGGAUGGCUGAAGCGGGCUUCUAUCCAUCUGUUCUCUACCACAUGGCAUUUUGGUACAAACCAGCGGAAAUGCCAUGGCGCAUUGCACUGUUCUACUCUCUCGGCCAGGUCUCCAGUGCCCUGAGCGGGUUGCUUGCCUACGCGAUUAGUUUCAUGGAUGGAGUUGGGGGGUUGGCUGGCUGGCGCUGGCUUUUUAUUUUAGAGGGGAUCCCCGCAUUGAUCCUAGCCUUUGUUGCGCUUUUCUGGCUGCCUGAUUACCCCGAGUCGGCCAAGAUGUUGACAGAGGACGAGCGCGUGUAUGUCACGGGCAGGUUGGCUGGUACAGCUGCGCCGUUGGGGAAGGGAAAGUCAAAGCAAUGGGAUUGGACAGCGUUCAAGAUUCUUCUAUACAGUCCGACGGUGUAUACCUUUGCGGUGUAUUGGAUUGGGCAUGGAAUUGGAGGGUUUGGGGUUAGUUAUGCGCUGCCGACGGUGAUUUAUGAGCUAGGUUUUACGACGACGGCGAAGUCGCAGCUGAUGAAUAUUCCUCCCUAUGUGGCAUGCUUCUUCUUCCUGAACACAGUCGGCUACAUGAUCCAUCGAAAAUGGAUUCGACCAUGGACCACCGCCAUCGCCAUCGAAGCCACAACAAUAAUUUGCUACAUAAUCCUGAUCACCGUACACAACUCCACGGUCAAAUACCUGGCGCUGAUAGUCUCCACCUCCUGCGCUGGCUCCGCAUACCCAGUAAUAUGGCCCGAACGAAUCCGUGCUCUCGAAAAUCCCAAGAACAGUAAAUACCGCAAUGCCGAUGGCAGCAGUAUUGACCGUAACAGUUAUACAAUCGCAGCUGGUAUCGGGAUUGGAUUCACCAAUGCAAUGGCGCAGUUCAGUGGUAUUGUGGGGCCGCAUGUGUACAGUACGGCGUUUGGGCCGACAUAUCGCGUGUCGUAUGUGAUUUGUUUAGCGUUUUUGGUAGUGUCGAUACUGGCGAUUUUGGUCUCGUGGACGUUGAUUUGGAGGGGGGAUAGGAGGGAGGACAGGGAUGAGGAUGAGCCGAUAUAG